UCAUGCACAUCUUUUAAAAUAAAAGUCUCGCAUCAAAAAAACAUUCAGAAUUUAGUUUUUUGUUGUUUAUGCCGUUUCUUUGGCCGUACACUCUGCGACCCACCAGUUGAGAAACACCGGUCUAAUGCUUGCCCACCCUCACGCACACACACACUAGCACACCCCUAAAUAUCAGUCUUUCCUAAUGUGUCAUCCCUCACACCCCGACCUCGACUCGGCUCGGCUCACUGACUAAUGUUGUGUUUCUCUCUCCCUUUCUCUUUCCCCGCGCACUCCACCAUGUCUUUUUGCCAUGCACAUUCCUCUUCCGUUGCAUUCUGUCGUUGCACCCACACAGUCUCUCUUCAUGUUCCCAUUCUCCCCAUCCUCCUCCACCCUCUCCUCCCUCCCGCCGACCCUCGACACCAUCUCUGAGCUGGAUGUGUUAUCUGACAUCUCCGAGGACGAGCCCGACCUCCACCUCGAGCCUGACUCUGAGCCUCUGAGCUGGCAGGCCCAAGACUCCAGCAGCUGCUCAGCUGGCAGUGGCGAGGGUUUGUCCGCUCCGUCGUUUUCGCCCGCGGAGUGUGUCCCAGGGUCUGAAGAGCUGCAGACCCCCUCAGUGCCCCGCUCCGCCCUGCCCAGGCUGGGUCUGGCCAUGCUCAGCUUCUGUAAGGGUCUGCGUCUGCCCUCACUGCUGGAUGAGGAUGGCUGCAUCAGUCUGCCCCUCUCCUCCCCUUCCCUCCUGCCCUCUUUCCUGCUCAUCUUCGCCGUCUUCCUCUCCGCCUGCCAGUCGGUGGCGCUGUCUCUGCUGCUGGCGCUGCCUCUGGCCCUGUCCCUGUGCUACCUGGAGCCGAAAGCACUCGCGCGCUUCAGGUCUGCAGAGGUCAUGGCUGAGACGAGCUCUCCAGAGGAAAUGCAGUGUGACCCCGCCGCCUAAAAUGACCCCUGACCGCCCCGUUCCUGUCUCCAUGUCUGCCUGCCUCCUAAACGCUACUGUGUGCAUUUUGUUGCUGUUUGCCUUUCCCUUUAGCUCUUCCCUUCCAGUGCCAGAUUUUCAGUGUGAAAUGCAGAUUAGUCACUGCGCUCUGAUUCUAGCUGUUUAAAUCGGCAACAUUCCAGUGGGACCCUAUUCAUAGUCCACAUCCUGACUGAAAAAAAAAAUCUUUCCCCGCACUUCAGCUGAAGCGUUUAUUAUAUCAGACCUGAACCCGAAUCACUCGACCAGCUUUAAUCUUACACUAAACAGCAGAUUUAUACGCAUUUUGGAUAGAUUUCCCUCUUGAGCUUAUUAUAGUCCUUCAAGUAUUUUAUAAGAGUCUCAAACAGAAAA